UCUUCACAUGAUAUCAGAGCGAGACUAGAUCCAAAAGAAAAAAAGAAAAAAAAAGAGAGAAGAGAAAUCAUGACAUCGACGAAUGAAGGAAAGGGUAAAGAGAUCGUGAAGGUGCAAGAGACUCCGACAUCCUCGCCGCUGUACUUGCAUCCAUCGGAAGGACCAGGAAGCUUGAUUACGAUGGUACAAUUGAAAGGAGAUAACUAUGAAGAUUGGUCUAAGCAUGUGCGGAAUGCCUUGCGGACAAAGCAAAAGUUGGGUUUCAUUGAUGGAACCUUGCGAAACCAGCAACGGCGGAUGAGAUCGAACAGUGGGAGGUUGUUAAUUCAAUGAUUGUGGCGUGGCUCAUGAACACCGUAGAGCCAACGUUGAGAACGACAAUAUCGAUGGUUGAUGAUGCACACAUAUUGUGGGAGGAUUUGAAGCUGCAGUUCUCGGUUGGGAAUGGACCAAGGGUGCAUGAGUUGAAGUCAGACUUGGCCAACUGCAAGCAAAAAGAAGAUAGUGUGAUGAUGUUCUUUGGAAAUCUUAAGAAGAUGUGGGAUGAAUUGGCUGUUUAUAAGCCUUUGAGAUCAUGUUCAUGCGGGGAACUCGCAGCUCAGCUUGAACAAGAUAGAGAUGAGGAACGUACUCAUCAGUUUUUGAUGGGUUUAGAUGAUGUGCGAUUUGGUGGAAUUCGUUCCACUUUGACCAAUAUGUUGCCAAUGUUGAAAUUGUCCCAAGUGUAUCAACGGGUGGUGAGAGACAAACGACAACAAAGUAUUACAUGUGACAAGGAAGAACGAUCUGAAGCUGUUGGUUUUGCGGUUCAAGCUGCGAACCAAGGGAGGCCUGGGGUGUUUCAAUAUCGAGAAAAAGACACAACUUGCACUCAUUGUGGCAAAUACAUACAUGAUAUUGGGGAUUGUUUUCAGAUCAAAGGAUACCCAGAGUGGUGGGGUGAACGUGGAAGAAAUUUUGGAGAUAGUCGAGGCGGUGUGAGUAGAGGAGGAGGCCGUGGUCGUUUUGGUCGCGGUGGAGGAAUUGCUGGCAGCACUGGUCGGGGACGAGGAUCGAGCUUUGCUAGAGCGAACGUGGCUCAGACGUCACAUGACACCGUUGGCUCUGCGAACUCGGCUCAAGUUCACCCUGUUGCACACUCGGCUGCGGCACCACAGCGUGAAGGAGGAUUUGAUAGGGCUUCUCUACCUCACCUAAGCGAUGACCAGUGGACUGCAUUGGUUGGUUUGCUCACCAAACCAAAAUCUGGGGACUCAUCUUCGAAACUUUCUGGACCGUACUUCGAAGAUGUUUGGUGCGGGUGAAGAGUGUGAUGGGGUCUACAAGUUUAGAGGCAUCGUUGGUGGUCAAGCAAACAAAGUGACG